CCGAUAUCAUGUAACAAUGUUCUCGGUUGGCAGGUUGAGAAAGUUUGUUGUUGGCCUACCCAUUACCCAGUUAGAAUGCCAAAAUUUCUUCUUAGGUUUCUGCAUAAAUAUUGGUCAUUUCCAAAAAAGUGCGCACACACCUAAAUUUCUGCGCACACAUACUACAAAAAAUUAGAGGGAAGAUUGUUUAGGACUUUGAAAAUAUCAGCUGCCUAACAAUUCUUAUGCCCAGUAUACAGGUAUAUCUGUAUAUGUCAAUAAACUUUUAUUUUCUAAUUUUUAUCCUUUCAGUUUUAAUAUUAUCGACUCUGUUAUCUGACUGCUGCUGUGUUUUCAGUACUAAAGAAUUUUCCAAAGGAAUCGAGCUUUCUAAACAGUACAAUAAACCUAAAAUUUUAAAAACUACUGCUGGAUUAUAUUAUUAUCUAACAACUCUCGGACCAGCUUAGCGCUGACAAAAUGGAUAGAAAUGAGAUACUGGCAAAUUUCCAAGCUUGCACAGGAAUCGAAGAUAUCAGCCAAUGCAUCGCCCAUCUUGAACAAUGCGACUGGAAUAUGAAUGAAGCUGUCAAUGUGGCUUUGGCUGCUUCCUCCUCCCCAUCGCCCCAACAACCAGUGACUGAAGACUUCUCUUCUCAAAACUUCUUUACUGACUUUGGCAUUGUUUCUGAGCCCUCGACAAGCAAACCUCGAAUGAUACACUUCGAAGUGCGAUUGAAUGACACGACAAGGCAUGUUUCACUGGAUGAGUCAGCAAAUUUAGGAACGCUGCGAGAUGUUGCAUCCAUGGAAUUACAAAUACCAAAAAACGAAGCAAGAUUUGAUGGCUGGCCGCAGUCAGGCACGGACAUAAUGUCCGAUAGCACAGCACUCGGCUCUCUCCAUCUGCCCCUAAAUGUGACUCUGACGGUUCGCAGUUCAGCAUUUCAUAACGGUGCUGCAUUCGGCCUCAGUGACAAGGUAGGGACCUCUCAAGACUUUGCAGUGCCUUGCGCUGCUUUCAAAGACGAUUUCGACAAACUCAAAGAAACUUAUAUGUUAGAAAUCACGGAUAUACGGACUAAAAGUAUUUACAGCCUCAAUUUUCUCGGGUCCAAAACCUUUCAAGAUUUGACUUUUGAUGCCCACUCUCUCACCGGUAUCCCACCUAGCAAGCAAGUGUGGAAUACCUUAGCUUCAGAUAAAAGUCUUCUGACUCCUGACAGAACUCUGGGAAGUCUUGGACUUAAUUUACCAAAGCACAGGUGUUCCAUAACAGAGACGAAAGCGACAUCGACUACGUUUGUUGACCUGACAGCAGAUGAGGACAAUAUGGAGGUGGAUGAAUACGAAGAGGCUUCAGAGAAUUUGGACGACGAAUUUCUGUUAGAUGUUCCUACAGUGACCCGAUUGCGUCCUCUAAUGCCUGAAGAAGCCACAGACGACAUCGGUGCUCUUGCUCAGUUCCAGUCUGAGUUUAAUUCUCGAUAUGGACAGGAAGCCCAUGUCACUCCUAGCUUUCUCAUCGACACGCUGGAUGCAGCUAUUCAGGAGGCUUUCGGUGGAUCAGCACGUAACCGUCGACUACUAGCCGUCUAUCUCCACCAUGAUAAAAGUAUUCAGAGCAAUGUAUUUUGCAGCCAGCUACUGUGUGCACCAUCUGUCGUGGAAUACAUGGCCAACCAUUGUGUGAUCUGGGCUUGGGAUGUCACUUCUGACUUCAAUAGAAAAAGAAUGCUGGACAUGUGCACUCGAAUGCUGGGGAGUGGGGUGGCGGACACGGUUAAGCGAGUUCCAAAGGAUGGAUUUCCAAUGCUCGUACUUGCUCAAGGUCGUGGAAGGUCAUGUGAUGUCAACAGUAUAGUACAAGGCAACACAUCUCUGGAUGAACUGAUGGUGAAACUUAUCAAAGCAGUGGAGGAUGCGGAGGCUCAGAAGCAGGAAGACAUCAGGAUGGAAGAGUUGAGUGAAGCAAGGGAGAGAAUCAAGAGAGAGCAGGAGGAAGCGUAUGAUGCUUCACUACAGCAGGACAAGGAAAAGCAAAUAAAAUUGGACGCUGAACGAGCUCAGUUGGAAAAACAGAAGCAAGAAGAGGAAAGAAAAGAGCAAGAGAAGAACGAACAGAUUGAACGUUUAGGAGAGAUUGUCCCUCAGGAACCGUCACCAGAUUGCGGAUUUCCGGUCGCAAAAAUACGCUUCCGACCACCGGGUGGGGGUGAUAUGGUGACCAGAACAUUUCUGGCGUCCGAGUCUCUGCAAGGACUUCUUAACUUUGUCGGUUCUCUCGGUUAUCUGAACGAUAAAUAUCGAGUUAUCACUUCGUAUCCAAAACGAGAUAUUUCGUCUCUUGACCCAAAAGUCUCUCUGAAAGAUCACAAACUUUUCCCGCAAGAAACUCUGAUUAUUGAAGAGAGAAUUGAAUGAUAAAUUUUAUGCAAGAACUUUACCCGAUGACAAGCAGGCCUGGGGAGCUGGUUUGAAAACAAAAUAACUCCUGGGUCACAGUAUAUUCAAAUUAGGGUACUUCCGUAAUAUGUGUACCAGCUUAGGGUUAGGCCAUAAUUUUAUUCCGAUAUUCCUUAUUUUAGUUCUAGAAGGAGUUCAGGGACUGUCUGUGUUAGCCAAGUGGAUAUACCCCCUACCCAUAGAUUUCAGUCCCUGUACGCAACUUGAUGGGCUUUUAGGUCUUUUUGUAUGACCAUUACAAUGAACUGUCAAUUAAAUGCAGUUUUGCUGGAGCAGUAUUUAAAACGUUAUGAGGACAUUAUUAUUGUGUUAUUUAUAUUGAUAAACUGGAAAAGAAUGAAUAUUAUUACUAGUAUAAAGUGUUAGAAAAUUUUAAAUAUGAAAAAAAUAAUUAGAUGGGUACGAGCUUGAGCCACUAAAAUUUCUGGUAGCUCUCGCCCUAUCUAGUGGUUAGCUUCGUUCCAGCUCUAACAAAGUUUCAGCUCUCCAGCCCUGCGGUCAAAAAUAAUUUUUCCUUUUAUUAAUUUGGUCGUCUUCAGCAGAGACAAAUUUUUGUAUAUUGUGAUUUGACAAUGCAGAAAGAUCGUUUUAUUGGUUCCUAUUUUCUACACUCGUUAUUAAUUCACAUAUGGGGUCAAGAGUAUUCUUAAGACUCACUAUAUCAAACAUUUCUCUUGACAAAGCUCGCCCAUAAAUUUACUUGAAGAUGA